GUUGAAGUGGUUUCAACCGCUUAUAAAAGAGUUCAUCUAAGCUAUUAUCAGUAUUGUCUACCGCUUCAUCUCAAGCAUGGCAUUACUGCCGCUACUUAUCACUUGCCUCUUGGCAAGUGCACUAACAGCGGACGAUUUCUAUUGGUACAAGGAUUCUGUUGUGUACCAAGUGUACGUCCGCUCCUUCCAGGACUCAGAUGGUGACGGCAUUGGAGACUUGAAGGGUGUCAUUCAACGUGCUGAUUACCUCCAGUCAUUGGGCAUCGGUGCUAUAUGGCUUUCACCUAUUUAUGCUAGUCCAAAUUAUGACUACGGAUAUGAUAUUUCUGAUAUGGAUAAUGUUAAUCCAGAAUACGGAACAUUGGAAGAUUUUAAUGAAUUAGUGAAGGCAAUGAAUGCUAGAGGAAUUAGAGUGAUGAUGGACUUUGUACCCAAUCACACAAGUUCAAAACAUAAAUGGUUUAUUGCUUCGGAAGCCAGGAACGAUACAGACGAAAAAUAUUCAGAUUUUUAUGUUUGGCAAGACCCAAGCGGAUACGAUAGCAACAAUAAACCACAGCCGCCCAACAAUUGGCUAAGUAAUAUGGGCACAGGAACUGCCUGGGAAUGGAGCGAAAAAAGGAAACAAUUUUAUCUGCAUUCGUUUCUGGUUGAACAGCCGGAUCUCAACUACGCCAACCCUGUAGUGAGGGAGAAAAUGAACGAUGUACUUAAACUGUGGAUGAGCAGAGGAGUCAGUGGAUUCCGGAUGGAUGCUGUGAGUUCAAUUUAUGACAACUUGGCAUGUGGGAAUGAACCUCCAUCAGAUAACCCAAACCCACACAACCCUUACGAUAUUAAGAACCUAAAGCACAUCUGCACGAUAGAUCAACCAGAAACCUACGACAUCAUUAAAGAAUUCAGAAAAACUUUGGACACAUUUCAAGAUAAAACUGGCAAAAAAGAGGCUAAGCUCAUGAUGACGGAAAGUUAUUCGGACUUCGACGCAGUUGUGAAGUACUACGGAGACAAAAAAUCUCCUGGAUCAACCUUUCCCUUUAAUUUCUUCUUCAUUGCCGACCUCAACCAAGGAAGUAAGACUUCUGAAUGGGCAACCAUAAUAAAGCAGUGGGUGAACCUCAUCAAUGAAGAUAAAUGGCCCAACUGGGUGCUAGGAAAUCAUGACAUGCACCGUCCAGCUUCCAGAUUCAGCGACGAAUGGGUCGACGUCCUCCACAUGAUGGUGAUGACGCUGCCCGGAACGGUGCUUAACUACUACGGCGAUGAGCUUGGUCUUGAAGACGCCUACGUGAGGUACGAUGAAGGCAGAGAUCUCCAAGGAAUCAGGGCUGGGCCGAAUGGGUUCGCCGCCAUGUCGAGGGACUUCCAGAGAGGUCCCAUGCCUUGGAAAGCGACGCACAACGGGGGGUUUUCAACGGGCAAACCAUGGCUACCUCUGGCUCCAAGCUUCUGGAGUAGAAAUGUAGAAAAUGAGUCCUCUCGAAACAACAAACGCUCGCACCUCAAUGUUUACAAAACUCUGGUUCAAUUGAGAAAGAAACAGACGAUGACUGAUGGAAGCACUGAAAUCCAGGCGAGCGAUGAGGGAUUAAUAAUUAUCACGAGAGUCCUGAAGAAUAAUCCAACAAUGUUCACAGUUCUGAACAUAGGUGAUUUUGAAAUAACUGCCGAUCUGUCGAAGUUCAGAAACAGUCUGCCUUCAACACUCAAGAUGGUCGUUAGUAGUUACAACUUCCCGGAGACAAAAAGUGUUAAAUCGUCAAACGUUUAUCUACCGCCGAAGUCUGGAGUAGUUUUGGUUUCUUACAGUGAUUGAAGCCAUUUUUGUCCUCACCUUAAGUUCCUGUGCAAUAAAGUAUAUGAAAAUAUUACUAUACAAUGACGAAAUAAAGUAGAAUAAAUAAAAUUUAAAAAGGCUUGUAUUUAAUUUUUUGUAUUUAUCAUUGACAAUAUGAUAAAUGUUACGAAAUAUAAACUGAAAUAAGAAAUAUA